AUGUCAUUACCCUUAUUGCCUAUAGUAACUGAUAAAAAUAAUACUACUAGUAAAAAUAAUUUAGAUCACAAAGAAAAACAAUUCAGAUCUAGCGUAGAAAAGGCUUUGCAACAAUUUGAUUAUGUUGAUGAUUGGGCAGAUUAUAUUUCUAGAUUGGGUAAGUUGUUAAAAGCUUUAACGAGCUGGACACCAAAAUUUGCAAAUGUUAGGUAUUAUGUUCCUCACCCAUAUCAUGUUGCCAGGAGACUAUCUUCCUCUCUAUCUCCAGAUUUACCCUCAGGUGUUCAUUCCAAAACAUUAGAAGUUUACACUAUUAUUUUUUCGAAAAUAGGCCUGGACACUUUGAACCAACAAUGUAAUAUUUGGGUGCCAGGGAUCCUACCUCUAAUGAAUUAUGCAUCCAUCUCUAUUAAACCUCAAUUAAUUGAUUUGUAUGAAAAUUACUUACUAAAUUUAAGUUCUUCAACGCUUGAGAUUUUAGCAAAGCCAAUGAUUGCCAGCUUAUUACCUGGUAUAGAUGAUGAAAGUAGUGAAUUUCAACCAAUGAUUCUCAAUUUGUUAGAAACUUUAAAGACUAAUUUAAAUAACGAUAAUUUAUUUUGGCAAAGUUUUUUUCUUAUCAUGAUUCAAAGUAAGGAACACAGGUUAGGCGGUUUGGUGUGGCUAACAAAACAAAUGCCAUCUUUAAAUGCGGUUCCCCAUUUGGUUAAUAAAAGCAUUGCUGAUGGUGCAGAUAAUAAAGCACCAAUCAAAGUUUCUUCUAGGGAGGCAAUGGAAAAAUACGCAUUAAGUUUGCUUCUCCCCACUGCAGCUCCUUUGGUUACAUUAGAGGCUGGUUUAUUAAUUAGAUGCUUUACUAAUUGUUUACACGAUGAUGAUGGAAUAUUAAUUCAAAGAGGGAUACUAGAUUUAUUGUUGCAAAGAUUGCAUUUGGAUUCUCCGAUAUUUAUUUAUAUCGCUUCUGAAAAUGAUAAAAGCCUUAUGAUUAUGAGUUUAUGUGAAUUAUUGUUAAAAAAAGAUAUGUCAUUGAACAGAAGAAUAUGGAGCUGGUUUUUAAAGUCUAACACUGCUACAGGUGUAACAAACACUGUAAAUACCAAUGACACUGGAGAUGUCAAUGCAAUUUCUCCUCAACAGCUAUAUUUCGAAACAAAUGGAUUGAAUACUUUACUUCAAGGUCUAGAAAAUCUUGCCGAAAAUGGAAAUCUAAUUAAAGCCUUGAAGAUCACGCAAAGUUUAAUGGAUAGGUGGGAAAUGGGAUGCUUGGUUACUGAUAAAAUGUUUUUAAAAUUGAUGAAAUGCGUUAUUGCAAAUAGGGAUGACCAAAAGGUUGUCACUUGCGCCUCUCAAUUUUUCGAUAAUGUAGAUACUUUUAUUAUAUGGGGUAAUGUUUCAAAAACCUUGAUUUUUGGACAAAGUUCUGUAUCCGAGUUUAAUAAUUUACGGGAUACACCAACUCCUGAUUAUUUGGUAUUAGAGUUUAUCUUGGAAAAUUUCCAUAUCGAUAAUGACCAAGAAAUAAUUAUAAGACAUUUGCCGUUGAUAUUACUACUUUUAUUGCAUAUUAGCCCAAAAAAUUACAAAUUAUGCGACUCUUUAGUGAGGAUUAUCCCAGAAAGAGCAUUCUUACCCAUCCAGCAUUCUAAAAUAACUAAAAUCCCAUCUAUUAAAGAAAUUGUCGCACAAAUAGUUCAUUAUUAUGGCAUAGGAGAACAAGGAGAAGAUGCUAAUAAGACCAGUUCCACUACAUCAGAUAUUUUUUUACCGUAUAGCCCAGAGGAUUUAAGCAAGAUCAUUAUUAUGUCAAUUUAUGACCUAUUACUCGAAGCUUUUAAAACACCAGAUAAUAAUUUGAAUAAAAUUUCCACUAUUUUUGUCCAAUUAUAUGCGAAAAUUCCUGAACUGAGUUCUUCUGAUUUGGUGAUUGAUGCUGAUAUUUUGGCAACUAAAAUUAUGGAACUCAAACCAUCUGUAGAAACUGGAGCUCCAUUUGUGUUUGGUAUAAUUGAUUUAUUUAUUCACUGCCUUUUGUCAAAAUUGGAUAAAAUUUCCAUAUCUAAAAAUUUACGAGUUAUAAUAAAAUAUUUAUGGACAUAUCUAAUUAAUCAAAAUAGACAGUUGGAGGCUAUGAACCAUUUAAGAACGUUGAUUAGAAACAUAGACAGACAAUAUUUGGAAAGUUCUUUGUCUGCUGUUUUUAUUGAAGAAGCUCAAAUCUAUAAUAGAUUGACCGUUCUAACAUGUUUAUGGAAUUUGGUCGAUGAAAGCUCUGCUAUGGGUGUUGUUUCGAAACCGUUAGAGUUAGUUUUGGAUGAGCUAUUUGAUAAACAAUCUUCAAAUUAUUUGCCAGUGUCAAAGUGGGUUGUUAAUGUAUUAUCGGUAUCUAAAUCAAGUAAUCAGUUAUUAGAAUAUUUAACAACCUGUCUAUUGAGUUUUCAGUUUAUCAAUAAGAAAUCAUUUUAUCAAUUUGAUGAUAUUGAGAUUUUCACUUAUUACACUCAAACUUUAAUUAAUGUGUUGACAACCGAUGAGGUUGUUGGUUUAAAUGUUUUAAAUACAGAAGCCACCUCACAAAGAUGUAUUGAACUAUUUGGAAUCACCAAGACUUUAGAUUUGUCUACCUACAAGAAUAUUAUUGUUGAGAUAUUUUUGAACUUUUUGGAUGUCAAAUCCAACUCAAAUUCUAAAAGCGUAAGAACUGUUUUAAGUUUUUUCAAACUGGUUUUGAAUGGAACAGAAUACAACUUUAAAAAUAUCGUAACUAAAUUUUUGGAUCUAUCGUCCGAAUAUAUUAUGUCCUCCUCAUCCAACAUGGAGGAAGAAUUAAUUACUGUAUCCUUGUUGGAUAUCUUAUCGAACGUUUUGGCGUUGUCACAUUCAAAGAAUAUUGAAUUGGAUAUUUUUGACAAUUCAGAUGCGCAUUUGAAAUAUGUUGAUUUUUUGGUUACUUCCAUAUCCUUUAUUAAUUCACCAUCAAUAAUAUCCUCGUACGUCAAAUUGUUAACCGAAAGUAUUUUAUAUUUUCAAAAGGGUGUUUUCAAUAUUAUUUUACCUCUGGCAACUGCUAUGAUCCAAGGCGCUAAAACGUUAUUUGACAAAGAAUAUUUUUCGAAAAAUGAAUACAGCAACUAUGAACAGUUUGCAUGUAUCCUGGAUGGCAUCGAGGAGUUGAUCCAAGUUUCACAUAGCUAUCUAGCUGCAGAAGAAAAUAGCAAUUUGUUAAGUAUUCGCAGCAGUGAUUUUUUGCAAAACGUUGUAUCAAAUGUUUUUUCUUCUGACAAAGGCACCGAGGAUGAAGCUAAAAAAUUACUAAUUCGUAGACAAGUUGUUUUGCAGUCUUUUGACACAAUUGUUAAAUAUUGUUAUAAUAUUUGGAAUAGUACGGUGGAUACGACUACCCUUGCCACUAAAGUUGAUGAUGAUCCAUUUGCAGAAUCAAAAUAUCAUCAGGCCUGCAAGUAUAAGUAUAAGAGCAGAAAAUUAAUGGAAAAUUUGUUCAAUUUGGAGCCCAUUGAAGUUUUAGUUUGUUUGAUUGAAGAAAAUAACAAUGAUUCUUCCAUUUUUAAAGUGGUCCACGCUUUAGAUGGCAACAGACCAAUGUUAACCCUACCACAUUUGUUCAAAAUGAUUGUUUUCAGAUGUAAUCCGACGUCCAACUAUUUAGAUGAGCAUAGCAAAACGAUUAUUUCAUCUACGAAUAUUUCGUUUAAACUUGUUAAUAUAAUUGAAUUUGUUUUAAAAUAUAUCGCCACCUUGGAAUAUUCUGCCAUUGAAGAUUUUUAUAAAGAGUUUUUGUCUUUUAUUAAAGAUGUUGUUAACAAUAGCCAUUUCUACGACAUGAUUUCGAUUAAGAUUUUGCAAAUUAUUGCACUAGUAUGUGAAAAAAUCAAGCAUUCUAAGUUUGGUAUUGACAAAAAAGUUCGAAAAGAAUAUUCUGAUUUAUUUAAUAAGUAUAUUUUAUCUGUGGAAACUGAACCUCGUAUUAUUAAAAACAGAAAAACUUUUGAGGCCCUAAAAUUUGUUGUCCAAAGGAUGGAAUAUAUUGUUUGUGAUGAGAAUUCAUCAGACAAAUUUAACGCCACACUAUCUGCCUUAAUAGCUACCUAUGUUACUCCCUUUUUCAAAAACCCUACGGAGUUACCCUCGUAUAUAGUAGAAUUUCUGGUAGUUUUGGCACCAUAUGCCGCUAAGAUCAAAAGCUGGAAAUUAUUAUUAACCGACUUAUUUAUGAACAAUAAAAUGUUUUUCACUUUUAGUAGAGAGAACAGCAAAUGCUGGCAAAAAAUUAUUUUUGAAUGGUCGCAAUACUCUGAAAAUAAGACCAAAAUAAUUGAUGAAUUGUUAGUCACGGUAUCGACAUCAUCUGCCAAUCCAUUCAAUUCUUGGUCGAAAUCAGAGGUUGGUUCAAAAGGUCGUGCUUAUUUUAAAAUGUGUUAUUUACUAUUAAUUUCGCCACAGGAUCAAUACAUGCUAAAAUUCUUGGAUCUGGUUAGUGAAGUUGAAAGAUGUUGUUUGAGUGAUAAUAUUGAGCCUAUAGUUAAGUCCAUGGGAUUUCUUUUGUUAAGAUGUAUUUUUUUAAAGUUUCAACCGAUGCAUUUUCUAAACAGUUGGAGUACAAUCACUUUUAUUUUACAAAGUAACUUCCAAAAAAUAUACGAUCAGGGUGUUAAAAAUAAUGAUAAAGAUUUGCAAUUAUUUUUCCAAAUGUGCAAAACCUUAGAUACUUUGUUGGUUUUAAACAAUGAAGAAUUUAAUUCCACUCAAGAAUGGAUAUUUGUUAUCGAUACAAUAAACUGUAUUUAUAAAACUGAACCAUUCGUAGCAUUAAUGGACACUUUGGCUGAAAAACUAGACUGUGACGACAAAGAAAAGGAAGACAAGAUAAACAGCAAUGAAAAUUCGAUUGAAUAUAACGAAAAUAAAGUUCCUAUGUUAGUUGGAAUCCACAAAAUCGCUAGUUUUUCCGAUCUAAAUAAGUUCUGUUCAAAAAUAAGCUGUGCUACAUAUAAAUCUUUGUAUGGAUCUAUUGAUAAAGUAGAAGAAGAAGAGAUUAUUCAAGAUUCGAUUAAUGAUUUAUUUGAAUACUGUGAUUUGUAA